AUGAGACUAGUGACAAGAUUUUCAUGCAAGCUAAAUAUAGAAAGGAAUGGCGCUAAACUCCUAGGGCCAGGACUGCAAAAUGUUCUUUACACCUUUUCAGUGCAUGACUCUGGAUUACUUCAGUUUUCAAUUACAGCUAAAACUAAAGGUGUUACUAUCCCAAACAGCCAAUAUAUCCCCAAGCGAUUUACAAAUGAAAAUAUCCAGAAAAUCAGUACGCAGUGCAUUGCUGAUGGAAGAUUAGGGAUUACAUUGAUGAAUUAUAAUGCUUCAUGCAAUGGCUUUAGAGGAUAUGAAAACCCUCCAGUUCUUACAGUAGUUUAUAUAAGCAAUGCGGAGCCUGACACUCUUCGGCUUCUCUUAGACACUAUAAAAGCUGGCCCUUCAAAGAAAUCUGCAGUUGAAGCUAUUGAAGAAACAGAAGCAAAACGAAAAAAACCAAACCACUCUGUUUGGGAUAAUUUGAAUUUGGAUGUCAUGAGAAUUAUUUUCAGCUAUGUUGGUGGGAAUUUAGCAAAAUUUCGUUUGGUGUCCAGAAAAUGGCUCCAAGCGCUUCCGUAUCUUAUUACAAAAGUAAAAGUUCUAAAUGGCCGCGAGGUUCCUGGGGAAGUUGUUAUCAGAAUAAUCAAGAAAAACCAAUAUAUUCAAGACUUAUCUCUGCUUGAUUGCAAAAACCUUCAAGUUACACACAUUAAGAAAGCAAUGACACUGCCUAUUAAGCGUGUCCAUACUUUGAAUCUCGAAGGCUGCAAUCGUUUGUCUUCUCAGUCUUUAUUUACAAUAUUAAUCAGUGCUUCUGGCUUAAAAUCAUUAAAUAUCAAAGGAUGUGAUGGCGUUGACGAUGCAAUUUUCAAGGAUUUAAACCCGAGUGUCCAUUUAAAACAUUUAUCAGAGAUUGCUUUUAGUGGGAACAUCACUGUAUUUGGAGUUAGACAUUUAGUGAAAAAAUUCCCAUUAAUAAGCAAAGUUGAGGUAUUUGGUGCAAAUUUGACGUCAGAUUUUUGUGCAUCUAUUUUAAGGCUUCAGAAUCUUGUUAAACUCAUUAUUUAUUAUUCAAACUCAGAGAUGCUAACUGCAGGUUUCAGCUGCAGAUCCAAAAUCCUUAAAAAAGUGAUUAUUUUUCCUGUUCAAUUCUCAGGAGUGUGUGACCAUCCGUUUCAUCUUUUUGAUGCCUUUACAAAAUGCCCAUUGCAGUCACUCUCAACAAAUUUAUCACCUCACCAUCUUUCAAUGUAUCUACGCCAUUGGUCUGAGUUGACAGAGCUUACAACUUGCGAACUUAUUGCUUUGCCUGAAAGUGUAGAAAAGCUGUGCUUGUACACAGAUGGCCACGACCUUUUGGAAACUUUAAAACAAGCAGAUAGGGUUUUUCUCAAAAGUUUGACAGAGCUAAGGCUAAAAGUGAACUGCGAAUGGUAUAUUGACGGAAUCAAAGAGUUGAUGAAGUUGCAUUAUCCGCUGUGCAGGGUGUAUAUUAGCAAAUCUUAA